AUGUCGUCUCGACAACUACCGCCCGAGAUGACUUCACAAGAUACCGUCGUAGGUGCCUUUAGGAUAGGCAAGGAAAUAGGCAGGGGGUCUUUUGCUACAGUUUACCAGGGUGUACAUUCUCAAACGAAAGGCCUUGUAGCCAUAAAGUCCGUCUUACGGAGCAAGUUGAACCGAAAACUUCUCGAAAAUCUCGAGUCCGAGAUCCAGAUCCUCAAAACUCUCGAUCACCCGCAUAUUGUAGCCCUCCUAGACUGCCAGAAAUCGCAUACGUACAUACAUCUGGUUAUGGAAUAUUGCUCUCUGGGCGAUUUAUCGUUAUUUAUAAAGAAGAGGGAUCGAUUACACACUCUACCGGACUUGACAGCCAUGUCACAGAAGUAUCCGAGCAUCGGAGGUGGUCUGAACGAAGUAAUUAUUCGGCAUUUCCUUCAACAACUCGCAAGUGCUCUAGAGUUCUUACGAAGCCGGAACCUGAUCCAUCGAGAUAUCAAGCCGCAAAACCUGUUACUUGAACCCCCAGUGGUCACGUAUGGCGAAUCUGGACCAUACUCGGAAGGAAUAAGGGACGAGAAGCGGAAGAUUCCCGAGAUGGGGUUGCCGGAUCUACCGGUACUCAAGAUUGCAGACUUCGGAUUCGCAAGGAAUCUGCCUUCGACAGCGAUGGCGGAUACACUCUGUGGGAGUCCUUUGUAUAUGGCACCCGAGAUUCUAAGGUAUGAGAAAUACGAUGCUAAGGCAGAUCUCUGGUCUGUGGGUACGGUGCUUUACGAAAUGGUUGUGGGAAAGCCGCCAUUCAGGGCGAGGAACCACGUGGAGUUGCUUAGGAAGAUCGAAAAGGGCGAAGAUGUGAUCAAGUUUGGAGACGACGUGAACGUUAGCGAUCCGAUGGCUAGUUUAGUACGGAGGCUCUUGAAGAGGGGCCCAGUGGAAAGGAUGUCGUUUAGCGACUUUUUCAGCGACCCUGUGGUCAAGGGGCGGAUACCUGGAGCAAUCUACCCCAGGAUACAAGGUGGAAUCGAUCUGACACCUGCGGAUUUGAGGCAGAAGGGUCACGACAGAGAAGGUCCGAAGACACCAACGGGGGCGGAGCCGAGCAUUCCAGACUACUUCCCAACGAGAUCAUCCCACCCGACUCCUGGUUCUUCACGACAGGCCCAAUAUACCGGGUAUGGAGAUAACCUACCCGAAGAGGGUCAUCGACCAUCGGCUUUUGCCAACAUUCCUCGAGCGGCUACGGCCUCCACUGUGCCCGUUCAACUGUCUAAGACCCCAGUUCAAACAGGGUUGGGACGCCCGAAUAUUCAUCACGCAACUUCAGCACCGGUAAGACAACCCGAAGUCGACAGACACGGUGUUUCCACAGGAGUGCCCAUGGAGAGGCAAUUGUCACAGCAGACAGCUUCUCCUGGAUCCUCAUUCCUGAUACAACGACAGGACCAGCAGCGAACAAGACAAGCUGCUCGAGAAAAGGAAACAAAGGAAGCGAAAGAACGCAUGGAUCAGGACAACCUCGAUCAAGAGUACGUGGUUAUUGAGAAGCGUACCGUAGAGGUUAACGCACUGGCGGACGAGGUCGCUGCGGCUCCACAAAUUACAGGGAGGUCGCCUUCCUCAACACCAAAAGGGGGCGCACUUGCUAGGAGGGUGACUACAGGGCAAUCCACACCCUCUCGUGCUGUAGUUGGCAAGAGGCCGGAAUCAUUCCAGCAGCCGAGGAACAGCUACGAGAGGAAGUUCGGAACAAGCCCUGGGAGCGCUGCAACUUCGGCAUUAGCUAGGGCUCUUGCUAUGGUGAAUACUCGUCUCAACAAUAUCGGUAUUCUUCCUCCUUCGGUGUUCGGAAACUACAAUACGGCCAUGCAAAGCCCGCAAUAUGUAUCGUCCGGUCUUUACCAGCCAGGUAGUAUGGUGGUCAUCGGGGGUCAGAACCCCAGCACCGCGACGGGCUUGUCGGAAGAAGAUUUCCAGGCCAUUCAGUCUAUUGAGGAGGCUGCCAACCGCAGCGAUGUAGUAUAUCAAUUUGCGGAGGUCAAGUUCUCGCAAUUGUUACCUUCGUCUUUACCCAGUCCAACCGCGAACUUGGGUUUGCUCCCACCUUCAGCUAGUGAGCAGGGUGCGGCUGAGCCAUUAGAUUUGCCACCAGAUGCUAUUGUCGCAUUGGCAGAGGAGGCACUCGUACUCUAUGUCAAGACACUGUCCUUACUCGCAAGGGCUAUGGAUAUCGCUGGAAGGUGGUGGGGAGUGACGAACGGAACUGCCAAUGCAACCGCCAUUUCUAGAAUGAACAAUGCUGUGCAGUGGGUUCGCGAACGCUUCAAUGAAGUCCUUGAGAAAGCAGAGUACACCCGCCGCAAGCUUAUCGCCGCACAAAACCAGCUACCGAGGACACACGCUUCCCACCCCUCGAAUAAUCCGAAAACCUCUACAUCCCCGGCACUUGGUGUUAGCGUUGAAGGGGUGGUUUUGAGCCCUGGAGUAAGCGCUGAGAAGCUUAUGUAUGACCGUGCGCUGGAAAUGAGCAAGACAGCGGCGGUCAAUGAAAUGGUCGGGGAUUCAUAUGGGGAAUGCGAGAUCGCAUAUGUUACGGCAAUAUGGAUGUUAGAGGGCGUAUUGGAACCUGAUGAUAACGGGCGUAAUACGCUUGGGGAAAAUUCCUCUGAGGGAUUGCUGAACAUGGAGGAGGAUGAUAAGAAAGUCAUCGAGAAGUUUAUUCUUGGUAUCCGUGGGCGUCUGUCUGCACUGCGGAAGAAGAUGGCGACAAUAUCAAGAAGGUCGUCCGGUGGGAUGCCGUCUGGGACACCUACUGUUCCACUUUCCCCACCGCAUUCGCCAAAGCCGAUGAGUACUUGA